UCGUCUCGCUCGAUCGGCUUUAUCUCCGGUUUAGACGUUUAUCGGCCUCUUUGGCGCGUCACGUGCCUCCGCUCGUCCAAUGACAGCAGGACCUCGAAGCACACGGGACGCGUGGGUAUCUGUUACUCCACCGAUCCACCGCUUCCCUUUCAGUCUUGGGGAAUUCUAAAAGAGCUGGUAGGCUCCAUGUAGGGCGUGCUAUGACAGCGUCUUUACUCCUCCACUCCCGCUGGAUCGACCCGGUGAUGUUUCUCUAUGACAACGGCUUGGAUGAUAUGAGCAAAAACAUGGAAGGAUUCGUGGGAGGCAAUUUUGCCGCUAACCAGUGCAGGAAUCUUAUUGCCCACCCGUCUUCUCUGGCCCCGAGCACAACCUACACGUCGAGUGAGGUGCCGGGAUCGGGCAUGGGGGAACCUGUCAAACAAUGCAGUCCGUGUUCGGCCGUACAGAACUCUCCUAGCGCUUCUCUGCCCUAUGGAUAUUUCGGCGGCAGCUAUUACCCGUGUAGGAUGCCCAAGUCCUGCACGCAGCCCGCCUCCUAUGGGGAAAAAUACAUGGACACGUCUGUUUCUGGAGAGGAGUUCCCUUCCCGCGCUAAGGAAUUCGCCUUCUACCAGGGUUACUCGUCUGGCCCUUACCAGCCCGUACCGAGUUACCUCGACGUGCCGGUCGUACCUGCGCUGAGCACCCCCGCGGAGCCCAGGCACGAGUCUCUCCUGCCCGUCGAAACGUACCAGCCCUGGGCGAUCACGAACGGAUGGAGCAGCCCGGUGUACUGCCCUAAAGACCAAACGCAGUCAAGCAGCUUAUGGAAAUCGUCUAUUCAAGACGCCGUGUCGGGUACCGACGGAGCCUCGGUGCGCCGAGGGAGAAAGAAGCGGGUCCCCUACACCAAGGUUCAACUGAAGGAACUAGAACGAGAAUACGCCACAAAUAAGUUCAUCACUAAGGACAAACGGAGAAGGAUAUCGGCUCACACGAACCUGACCGAGCGACAAGUGACCAUCUGGUUUCAGAACAGGCGGGUGAAAGAGAAGAAAGUGGUCAACAAGUACAAAGGCAUCAGUUAAGGUCCGAAAGCGGCAAAAACUGAAAUACCGAACGGGUAUGAACGGAAGGACCUUCACUAUUAUUUAUUCUGAUAUCCAUCCCGUCAUCUGGUCCGCGUCUAGAGACCGCGCGCGCGGGGAUGCGCAGGAAGGGGAAAAAAUAUAUAUAUUUAACUUCCCUGCGUGCAUCUUACCAAGACACCGACCACGAUAUAAAAGACGAAGAUCGACGAAGCCAUAUCCACCACCUGGUUAUUCGUUAUAAUCUAUAAUGUAUUUGGCAAAGACGUGGGAGGAAUGUAAAAUACACUUUCAGCAGAGAAAAUCACUGAAGUAAACAAACCAAACAAUAAGUGUAGACUUAUUUUUUUUUUGUUUUCACACAUCCAGAAACCGCCGUGGAUCGCAUGCUACGCGAACUGUGCAGUAGAUUUACCCCCGAGUCGUGACGGAUUUUUGUUCAGAGCUUUUUUUCCUCUCAUAUUUACCCCGCACGCACGUUUGUAAAUAGCCUAACAAAGUCGCUUUACAGGCACCUGCGAAGUAUACAAAUUCAUUCAUGUGUUGCUGCAGACGGUUUGCAAAUAACCCUCUCCCUCCCCCUAUAUUAAAUGAUGUACAACCACAUUUGUAUCUUUAUAA